AUGGGCAUGCUCUCAUCGCAACCCAAGCGUCACUACGAAGACGACGACGCGGCCUCCUCCCACUUCGACGACGACAUCGAGAACGAGGCGCCUCGUUCAACCUUUUUCCAACUCGACUCCCAGGAAUGGCCCCCCACCCCACCCAAGCCCAACAAACUCAGCAAGCACAUGAACCCACAACUCGCCUCCAAUCGACCUGCUGCUGUACCUUCGCUCGUCGCUUCGUCGUCGCGAAUCGGAGCGGCCAACAAGAACGCCGAGCUGAAUCGCGUCACGUCGACCUCACGCGACGAGGCAACAUCGUAUGGUGGUGUACAACGCACGACCAGUAGUACGAGCCAUCCUUCGACAUCUUCUCGAUCGGCGAAUCCGGUAGCCAAAUCAACGGCUACUACUCUUUCCCGUACGACCUCCUCCACGACCCAACCCUUCCGACCACCGGCGUUGAAGCAACCCGUCGCGCGAACGAGCUCCUCCAGCUCUGUCGCCAACAACGCUUCAACAAGUCGCACCACGAGCGCAGCACAACAACCCCCACGACCCACCACCAAUACCUUGUACAAUGCCGGAUUCACCCGACCCAGCAGCUCCUCGACAUUGAAACCCACCACCUCGUCCACGAGCGUAAACUCCACCACCUCGAACACGAGUGCUUCUUCCACCGUGCCAAAGAAACGAGUCAUGCCAUGGGACUUGCCCUCGUCCGCAUCGCUCAGCAAAGCCGUCAAACUCGCCAACGGCACCUCGGCUUUCCAAGUCAUCGGAGACGGCAAGUUGACCCGCGUCGGCUUGGCCGAUUCGACGAUGGAUAUCAAGCAAAAGAUUUUACUCAGUCCGGAGCAGCAGAUCGUGCACAAGCUUGUGGUCGAUGAGGGCAAGAGCGUGUUCUUCACCGGUUCGGCAGGUCAGUAUCACUGUUGAUUUUUUAUAUUGACUUGAAUAGUAUCCCAUGCUGACACAGCUCCCUCCCUCCUUGCAUCGCAAUUCAAGGAACGGGUAAAUCCGUUCUCUUGCGCGAGAUCAUCGCCUCACUGAAGCGCAAAUACGUUUCGACUCAAGAUGCCGUCGCCAUCACCGCCAGUACGGGAAUGGCAGCAUGCAACAUCGGCGGUACGACGAUCCAUUCUUUCGCGGGGAUAGGACUCGGCCUCGAGGCGCCGGAUCAACUCGUUCGUAAGGUGCAGAAGAACAAGACGGCGAGAGGAAGAUGGCAGAGGUUGAAGGUCUUGUUGAUCGACGAAGGUAGGCAGGAACGGGGGUGCUGGGAACCUGAGUUUAGAGGUGGGGUGGCUGACGAUGGGUGGUAAAAAUGCAGUCUCGAUGGUCGACGGCGAUCUGUUUGACAAGUUGGCUUAUAUCGCCGAAGGCCUGAGGAUCAAGGGUAAAGGCAAACCGUUCGGAGGGAUACAGGUGAGAUCAUCGCAUACAUUUUGAUGCGACGUCACCCGAGUCGCUCACCCAUCAACCUCUAAUUCGCAUGAGACAGCUCGUCGUCACGGGUGACUUUUUGCAACUUCCCCCCGUCGCAAAGGGGGUACCGACGUUCGCUUUCGAGGCGAAGGAAUGGAAUCGUUGUAUUCACCAUACGGUGAACCUUACGCAGGUGUUCCGUCAAAGUGAUACGCGUAAGUCGGAAACCUGAACCUUUCACGAUCUGCCUUGGGCUGACUUGUGUGUCUUCAAUAUUCUAGGCUUCAUUGACAUGCUCAACGAGAUGCGCUUUGGCACACUGUCGGCAAAGUCGAUCGCCAUCUUCAAAUCGCUUAGUCGGGAUCCCAAGUAUACGGAUGGGAUCGAUCCGACCGAGCUGUAGGUCUUGCUCUACGUCUUUCAACAUCAAUCAAUAAGAGCUUACCUUUUCGCUCUGACCUGUAGAUACCCACGACGCGAGGAAGUCGAUCGGUCCAACGUCUUCCGACUGAACGCCCUUCCCGGCGCAGCGAUAGAGUACCGUUCCGAGGACUGGCCUUCGCUCAACGCCGCUCCCGCGAACGGCAACGGUGGACCCCCUUACGCCAAUCACAGCAGUGCGAAAACGAUCCUCAACAACUUCAUGGCCCCUCCCAAAUUGACGCUCAAAGUUGGUGCCCAAGUGAUGUUGAUCAAGAACCUUGACUCGAUCUUGGUCAAUGGAACGAUUGGGAGGGUCGUCGAGUUCAGUUUCGCCGAAUUGGAGAAAGAGGUCGAUUUGGAUGGUGAGGAUGGGAGUAAGAUCAAGAUGGAGCAGGAGAGGAAGUUGAACAAGUUGAUCGCGGAUGCGGCGGCGGGUAAAGCGGAGAAAUUGCCUAGGGUCGAAUGGAGGGUUCCGGGAGGGCAAACGUUUUCUAGGUUGAUGGCGAGGGAGGAGUUCAAGGUGGAGGAUGUGGGGGGACAGAAAGUCGCUUCGAGGAAACAGGUCAGUUUUUUUUUUCUCUUGAAGGACUAGGAGAUUGAAUUCAUGAUGACUGACGUUUCACUCACGUUGAAUUUGUUAGCUCCCCCUCAUCCUCGCUUGGGCUAUGAGCAUUCAUAAAUCCCAAGGGCAAACCUUACCCCGCGUCAAGGUCGACCUCAACAAGGUGUUUGAAUCGGGACAAAGUUACGUCGCGUUGAGUCGAGCGACCGAUUUAGACGGACUACAGGUGUUGGGUUUCAAUGAGAGUAAAGUUCGGGCGCACGAGAAGGUGAUCGCAUGGAGUAAGAAUUUGGAGGUGUUGCGUUGA